GCAUUUGAACCGCGCUGGCAUCAUCAUGGCGGCCGAUGAAUUUGAUGAAGUGGGUGGACACCAGGCAGCGUACGGGAAGGAUGACGUCACUGACAUGAACAACGUGCAGGUUGCCUGCGACUCCGAUGAGCGCUCCUUGUCCAGCCGUUUCUAUCGGGCCUUCCGUCACUACAGCCGGUUACUGCGCGACAGCGACGCCAGCGAAAUCGCGCCGCCGGAGCAGAAGGAAUUGGAAGAACUGAUUCAGCAGCUCAAGGAGAUCGGUGCCCACGUGAUGCAGCUACGGCUCUUCUCGCCCAACGAGGAGCUGGUGGACAUCAGCACAACUGAUUUGAAAUAUCUCAUGGUGCCUUACAUGCUGGCAGAGGUCGUAGCUGCUAGCCGUGACAUGGAGAAGCGCUUGGAGAGCCUGCGCCAAGCGCUCGUCUUCUGGCGUGCCUUUGCGGCAGACUGCCAAAGACUGCGCGUUGGACAUCAAGAUGACUACGUGGCCAUAGACAGAGAGCAGGAGCCAACAGAUCCCGCAUCCAAACGGGAGGAGAAGAUUGCGCGAUACAAGCGCUGCAAGGAGUUGGAUGAGAAAGUGGCCUAUCUGUUCAGCAAGAAACGCGAAGAUCUGGGAGACGAAUAUCUCUGGGGGGCAGGGAGCUCCUUCGAUGAAGAUAUGGAAAGAGACUUGAUUUUGAUGCUGCUGCGGCGUGCUGUGGCCUCGGUGCCCGAGAACAUCACCUCAGCGCAACAGGAAAUGCCUCUGCUCGAGAUGAUGAUGGCACGUGGUGGCCCUGGAGCGGAACCUGUGGAGGUUCGCGAAGUCAGGGAGAAGCCCUACAUGGUGCGCAUCCAGGACAGAUCGGAACUACAGAGGCUGUACCGAGAGAUGGUCUUCAGGUGCCCACAUCCCUUGGCCACCAUGUCCAUCGAAGAAGCUGCGGACCUGGAAAUUCAGGAGAUGCGUGAGAAGGAGGCAGAACGCAUGGUGCGAGAAGCGGAGGAAAGGGCCAAGGAUGCCGACCGAUGGUGGGAUGGCGACCGCUAUGGUGCCAAAGAAGAGUGGGAAGAUGAGCAAAGGCUCUACAAAGAUCGAGACUUUGACGAGUUCAAGGACGAGCAUCCCUGGGGUUCCGGCAACAAGAUGGCGAACAUCGGAUGAGGGCGACGCCCCCUGGGAGGUGCUGUCAAGCCACGUACAGUGCUGGUGGAAAAAAG